AUGCGAAUACGACGGCAGACAUGCAGGGGAACCCGGUCGACGGCCACAGGGGGAGACGACUGGCUGGAAUCGAUGCGGUGCGGUUGGCGUGGCGGCCGGCUGCUCCAGCUCCUGCUCAACCUGCUCGUCGUCGUCCUCGUCCAGCUCAUCGUCGUCUCAUCAGCCGAAGACUCCCUGUCACAACUGUUAUCACGUCUCGACGAUUCGCAUACGUGCGGUCGCGCCAUCUCCGCCGGUCGGCUACUGUCCACGGCGAUAAACGCUCGCUUUCCGCGAUUGAUACCGUUGGCGCGAUUUUUCGCCGAACAUCCUGGUGAUUUCGACGCGACCUUCCUCGAGAACUCCUCGUUCGACCUUAGACCACCGUUGAAAGCUAACCUUUCCGGUUAUAAUCCACUGUAUGCUCUGGAAUACAGUUGUGAAAAUGCCACUACUCGCUGGUUACCGACCAUUGUUUUCCCCACAAAGGAUCCUAAUGCUACUUCAAGAAGGGCUUACCUCACUCUUCGUAUGGAAUUCGAUGUGGAUCUUUGCAACAGUGUUCCAUGUAAUACAAAGUGCACAUGGACUGUUCACGGUGGCCUGAGGGUAUUGGCGAAGACAUGUUGCAACAACGGAGAAGACCUGGCACUGUGCCGGACGGAUCCUGACAGAAAUCGUCCAAUGCUACUGGUGGCGAAUGCUGCUUGUGCGAUAGCCUGUCUGGCGUUGAUUCCUGUCGUAUGUCGGGCCCGUCGUCGAGGACAAGAGGCUCGUGGGUGGGCGCUUAUGGAACUGUUUCUUAUCGGAGCCAGCAUACUUUACAUGAUUCUGCUGAUCGAUUGGUUCGCUCCUCCAGAAGCUGGCUGCUGUGUGGCAGUAUGGCUUCGGCAAAUCGGGUUCAGCACUUUUUACGGAUCGAUAGUGCUCAAAAUUUACAGAAAUUUGCAAGAAUAUCGCGUACGAAAAGCACAACACGUCUCGGUGAGAGAAAAAGAUAUGGUAAAAUACCUCAUUGGAAUGCUCGCUCUCACGAUCACAGGUUUGAUGGCAUGGACGGUUGGAUCAUGGGGUGAUACGGCGUUAUGGAAAACCGCAUGGCCACAAUGCCGAAUGCAAGGAUGGCAUGUGAUUUGGCACUGCUACGAAUUGUUGUUCCUCCUUUACGGGAUGAGGCUUUGCUACAAGGCUCGCAAUAGCGAUUGGUUGGAACGAUGGCAGUUCACCGUUGCGGUGUGCUUAGAGGCGGUCAUCACUCUCAUGGCUAACCUCAUAAGGUAUUCUAUUCGGAAUUCCGGUCACAGCGACACAUUGUUCACUAUAUCAUUCGUUCAAUUACAACUUACAGUAUCCGUGAACAUUGUCAUCAUCAUCGCACCAAAGUUCUAUCUGGUUUCUGGUGAGUCAACGCGACGUUCGAUGACGCUUGGCGGACAUUCCGGUAGAGCACAUCCCUCGUUGGCUAAAUUAAGGGACAACAUCCUAAACGGAACUAUCGACUUCGCUGAAGUCCCCAUAGCCGAUAUGAAUCCUGAAGACAUUCGGGCAGAAUUGAAACGCGUCUAUACACAAUUGAGGAUGUAUAAGCUGAAAAAUUUGUAUCAGGACAAUCCACACAUUUCGAAGAAGCGUGGCGGAAAGAAAUGGAGCGAUAAAACAGGAAAAACACGUCGCAUAUCUAUGCCUGGAUGUUCGCCUCAAGGAACAAAACCUCGGAUUGAGGAGGACGAGAAGAGCGAUCUCACCGUUGAAUCUGCUCCUCAUAAUGUCUACCUUAGCACAUAUAAACUUCAGCUGGAGCCGAACCACUCCGUGCGGGUCUAA